AUGCUGUCCAGUGCACUUUAUUAUCGCCUUGCAUUUGGUCACUUACAACUAAGUGAUUCAAAUUUUCGAUGCUGUCCAUCUCUUGAAGAAUGGGAAAGAGUUGAAAAAAUUUGUGGCUUUCUUCAAGUUUUCUACGAGGCAACUAAUGCUUUUUCAGGGUCCAAUUAUCCAACUAGUAACUUGUACUUUUCUCAAGUUUUUAAAAUUCAAUUGAAGCUGUCUGAGGAGUGCAAUAGUUCAGAUGAUUUUAUGAGGAGGAUUGGUUCCCAAAUGUUUGUGAAGUUUAAUAAAUAUUGGUCCGAGUUCAAUCUCUUGUUGGCAAUUGCUGUGGUAUUUGAUCCUCGGUAUAAAUUUCAAUUUAUUGAAUUUAGUUAUAAUAAGUUGUAUGGCACGGGGUCUAAUGAAUUAGUCAAGAUCAGAAAUGCACUUUUUGAUGUCUAUAAUGAGUAUGUGAAGACUUUCAACAUACCCGGUGCAUCGUCUUCAUGCUCUCGAGGUAGCAAUGAAGUAUAUUCUCAUGGAUCCAAGGACCAAGAAGACAACCAAUCAUUUGAUGUUUUAGAGGAAUUUGAUCAAUUUGACACUUUUGAAUUUGUCUCUGGUGCACAAAAAGUCAAUUGGAAUUAUUUGAGUAAAUUGGCAAGGGACAUUCUAUGUGUUCUAGUAUUGACCGUUGCUUCUGAAUCUGCAUUUAGCCUUGGUGGUAGAAUUUUGGAUCAAUUUCGUAGUUCACUUUCACCCCAAAUUGUUGAGGCUUUAGUUUGCAUUAAGGACUAG